AGAGCCAGACAGAACGUGUGCAUCUUUAUUGUCAACUUUGAUGAGUGUGGUGUACAUUGGUGCUCUGGCGUUACCGUUAAAUACUGAUGGAAAGACCGGGUUUAUCAGCGUGAAUCGGCAAAACGGAGAGCGGGUCAUCACGGCGCACAUCGGCGGCAUUUCGGCCAUCGAGACGGCAACCGGCGAAUUGACGAACCAGUCAUUGAAUGAUGGAUUCUUUACUGACGACGAGAACAGCCGAGUCCAGCCGAGCUUCAUAUUCCGCGAAGUCACAGACGGAUUUGAGAUAGCUCGGGUUAUAUACGACGGGAACUACACCGCUAAAAACUUCUUCGUCUCGUUGGAUAAAGAAAGCAUUCGUGAUCUCCAGACUAGGGUGAAGUCGAAAGCACCUCAGGCAGCCCACCAUCAUGAGUCCAAGACAAAGCACCCAAACAAUUGGUCUUUUGACACUGUGUCCACGCUACCAGAGUAUUUGCAAUACAUGUACAAUGCUACUGAUGUCACCACUGUACAAUUCAACGGCAGCUGGACGAGCGUACCGACCUUCAUUCGUUCCAUGAUAAGUCUAGACUACAUUAAAUCCCAGUGCAACAAACUUUUCAGCAAGUUCCCCAGCCGCACAGUGUCAGGGGCAACUAGAAGGCACCGGAGGGGCUUGUUGACCUAUCCAAAGACCCUAUGGUGUGGCAAGGGCACCGAGGCGAAGAACUACGAUGAGUUAGGAGAGGACAGGUCGGCUGAUACCUGCUGUAGGGCACAUGACACCUGCCCUUACCUACAAAUCGAGCCGAUGGAUAGCAAACUCCAUCUGCGAAACAUUGCUCCGUACACUAUCAGCCACUGCAAAUGUGAUAAAAUGUUCCAUAACUGUCUAAAGAGAGCGGACACCCCCGUGGCCAAGGGAGUCGCUGACGUAUUCUUCAACAAAUUGAAGCUCAAAUGUUUCGUCACCCGACUGAGAAAACAGUGCCUGGAGACUGAUUGGAUCGGCUCUUGCCUCCGGAGGGAGAAGACCGAAACGGCAGUCAUUAGGGAUGCUCGUCCCUUUCCAGAGGGUAAAAACUUUACAAAGGAAGAGAAAGCUUUGAGGCGACUGAAACGCAGACAGCUUCUGGAAGAACUUAGUUGAUUCAAGUCUAUAAUAUUAUCAUCAUAGUCUUUCGUCGCUACUUAAUAAGUAGCGACGCUGUGUUUUGUAUUAGUCACCGAUAGAGGGCGCAACAUGGACUGAUUCCUAGUGGAGGCUGACUCAGAGGGACUGGCUCAGUUAAUGAAUCUGAUUCAGUUUGAUCCACAUGUGUGACAGAUAUUUCCUUUCCAGUAAUUCGUGUUGCUUUCUCAACUAACUUUUCGCAAAUACCCACGCGUAAAUCUUGGAAUUGAGUGCAUUGUGGUCUAGUUGGUGAUCAAAUUUGAUCCAUAGCUAUCCCACAAUGCACCCCAUUCAACAGUUUGCGCUUGCGCAAUAGUAUUUGCUAAAAGGUCCAUGAGCGUCGCCAAUCAACACUAACUUCAUCUAAGACAAUUUUCCUUAAAAUUAUUGCAGUAGCUUACUGAGCUUGUGUUUGCUGAGGUUUGUUGUACAAAAUAGUCAAGGAGUUUUAAGAGUCUUUUGUAUAUUAUUGUUUGAAAUAUUUCAGCCAUAGAUUUUUGCAAUGGUUUCCAGCAAAAUUUAUUUCGAUUUAGGCAUAUUAGAUAUGUUUUUUCAAAGAUAAGGGAGAUUUUAGCUGAACGUUACGCGAGCAAGUACAUGAACGUGCACGCGAACGUCACAUAAUUGUGUUGUUUCUAGGUGACGUAACCACUUUUGGGCUUUUUUCAUCCUCACUAUUCGACGUCUGCACGUACGUACCUGACGUAAAAAAUUGUAACUUCACGUAAGUUAUGUUCACAGUCACGUAUUUGCUUGAGUAAUGUGCAGCUAAACCUCCCCAUUACUAAAAAAAAAAAAAUAGCCGCGUUAGACUGACAGAUAAAAGGUAGUGGUAGCACUGAAAGAUUUAAAACAGCACAACAAACUGCAUGGGCUUUCGUAGCAAUCAGAUGCAAGUCUGUGUUAGCCUUUAACCUUCCUUGGUUUGCAGAAUGUGGAGGACAGAACGGAGUUAUUUAUAAGCAGUUGUAAGGAGCACAGAAUCUCUGAAAAUUUUGCUGUGUGUCUGAUAAAAUUGUAUGCCACGCGCGCACUUGUUGAAGUCAACAUGUUGUAAGUUAGUGUGUAUACACUCUAUUACCGAAAAAAUGCGCAAUAAAAAAUGCUCGCUCGGGUGAGCCCCGACAGGAGCUAAACGAACGACCACUCACCACUCUCGUAGUGACGUCAUGCACCUGGGGCCAGCCCCAAGUGCCCACUCCUC